AUGCUGUUUGGUGGUAUAUCUUAUGGUAUGGGGAAGAGAGUAUAUGCCCAAAUUAUGAAAACAAACCUCAUGCUAGAGAGAGAGAGAGAACGCGGGAGCAAAAAGCUCUGGGGAAAGGCGGAAUGA